ACAUAAUGCCGGCCGGCAGUAGUUGUAUAUUAUUUGUGUCUGGACCUCAUAGGCAUUCAAUAUGGGGCCCAGAUGUAAACGAAUUCAGGCCAGAAAGGUGGUUAGACGCGAAUGCUUUUGGUGAUCCGAAGUCUGCUAUUUACAGGGCUUUCGCCGCCUUUGGUAUUGGAAGGAGAUUGUGUCUGGGUAAAACCUACUCUGUGAUGUCAUUGAAGAUUGCUAUCUGCCAUUUACUACGACGAUAUGUAAUUAUGUCAGACAUUUCCAAACUUGAAUUGAAGGUAGAUCCUCUACUGAAAGCUAUAUCUGGACAUGAGAUUACACUAGAAUAUAGAAAAUAAUAUUUUUUAUAAGGUCGGAUCAAGAAGCCUUUCUUUUUUAAUUUUGUGAAUAACAACUUACAUUAAUGCAUGAAUAAUGUGGAACGGAAUAUAAAAAUCUAAUGAAAUCAAAAAAAUAAAUGC